AGUGUAUAUGCAACACCCUUGCGUUAUUCUAACCGCUUUGGAAGUAUUGGGGUACAAAGUAGUAGCUUCGUCGUCGACCAGCGUGAAACAAGACUACAACGAGUACAUGUGGACUAUGCGAAAGGAGUUCUCAGAGCCAGAGCCCGUUAUAUCUCCUACAACAGAAACAAUCGACCACAAGGUUACUCUUUCCGAAGAAGGGGUUUAAAAUAUGGAAAUCCCGGCUAGUUUGCUUGUGUCAAGCGGUACGUACGCCUAUGUGGCAGUAAAAGCCUCUCUCCACUCUGCCGACAGUGCCGUUUUUGGUCUCAGUGAUGUGGAAAUCAAGGCGUUAGUGAAGAGAUUUCCCAACUCUAAGAAAGAAGUUAUAAAUGGAGUUUUGCUGAAAGCCCCUCCUAUUGAGGUCGUCAAUGCUCUCAGUCAGCUAGGUUAUCGUGUUGUGGCCACUACUGGAGAAGCAGAGGUUGUUUGGACCAUGCAGCGAGAUAUCUAAGAGUGAAUCUGAAAAUUCGGUGAUGUUCAUGAAGAUAAAAUUAUUUAGUCAGUAGUGCUACUGGAUGAUUCAUUUUAUUAUCAUGCUGAGAAAAAAUCUAAAUUUUAUAUUUUCUA